CUCUCUCUCUCGCUCUCUCACACUUCUCCUCAGGCUCUCUCUCUUGAGUCUGCUGGUUCUCCUGAGUGCGGCUCUGGUUCUGCUGGUAGCUGCUGGUUAAGUUGGAGUGAGUAUUAGUGGGUAAACUGGGCUGAGGUGUUGUUGGAGUAACCGGCUGCUGAUACCGGGAGAAUGGAGUGAGCGGGUCCGGUCCGUGGUGGGUCGUAAGCGGAACAGAGAGGGGGGAUCGCGGGGGCUGAGAGGGCUGAGAGCCGCUGGCGAGGCUCAUAGAGCGGAGAGGAGAGGGGGUCCAGCCUGCUGAGCGCUGCGAGAGAAAAACACCACAAAAUCAGAAGAGUUUUAAGAUGGACCUUAAACUACUUUUCAUUUCAACGUUGUUAGGAGUUAUUUGCUACAGCAGUGCCCAGCCAGAGGGGAACGAGUGCAUCAAAGCUAAUGCAGAAUCCUGCGGGGACUGCAUCCAAGUGGGGGCGAAGUGUGGGUGGUGCACGGAUAUAAAUUUCCUAAAGCAGGGAGAACCUACAUCAGCCCGCUGUGAUGAGCUGGAAUCUCUGAAAAAGAGAGGAUGUGUGGCAGCCAAGAUCGAGAACCCUCGAGGCAGCCAGAGGACCCUCAGAAACAAGCCUGUCACCAACCGCAAGAAAGGAGGAGAGAAGCUCAAACCUGAGGACAUCACCCAGAUCCAGCCACAGAAACUGUCCGUCAGCCUUAGAUCUGGAGAGCCUCAGAAAAUAGACCUAAAGUUCAAAAGAGCCGAGGACUACCCUAUAGACCUGUAUUACCUUAUGGACCUGUCCUACUCCAUGAAGGAUGAUCUGGAAAAUGUCAAAAAUUUAGGCACCAGCCUGAUGCUGGAAAUGUCCAAGAUUACCUCUGACUUCAGGAUUGGGUUUGGCUCUUUUGUGGAGAAGACAGUUAUGCCCUAUAUCAGCACCACUCCCGCUAAGCUUCUGAACCCCUGCACUGGAGACCAGAACUGCACCAGCCCUUUCAGCUACAAGAACGUCCUGAAGCUCACCAGCAACGGCCAGCAGUUCAACACUCUUGUGGGACAGCAGCAGAUCUCUGGCAACCUGGAUUCUCCAGAGGGGGGUUUCGAUGCCAUCAUGCAAGUGGCCGUUUGUGGGGAACACAUUGGCUGGAGAAAUGUCACACGUUUGCUGGUGUUUUCUACGGAUGCUGGUUUCCACUUUGCUGGAGAUGGAAAACUGGGUGGGAUUGUGCUUCCCAAUGAUGGCAAAUGCCACCUGGAGAACAACAUGUACACUAUGAGCCACUAUUAUGACUACCCUUCCAUUGCCCAUCUGGUGCAGAAACUGAGUGACAAUAACAUCCAGACCAUCUUUGCUGUAACAGAGGAAUUUCAGCCUGUUUAUAAAGAAUUGAAAAACCUCAUUCCAAAAUCUGCUGUGGGAACACUGUCAGCUAACUCCAGCAAUGUGAUCAACCUCAUUAUUGAUGCCUACAAUUCUCUGUCCUCUGAGGUGAUUUUGGAGAACAGUAAGCUGCCUGAAGGAGUGACCAUCACCUACCAGUCCCACUGCAAAAAUGGAGUGGUCAGUGUUGGAGAGGAUGGACGAAAAUGCUCCAAUAUCUCCAUAGGAGAUGAGGUGUACUUCAGUAUAAACAUCACUGCUCAGGGCUGCCCCAAGCAGGGCAAGUCUGAGUCAUUAAAGAUCAGACCGCUGGGCUUCACUGAAGAGGUGGAGAUCAAGCUGAGCUUCAUCUGUGACUGUGAGUGUCAGAAGGAUGGCAUCCCCAACAGUGAUCUCUGCAAUAACGGCAACGGCACCUUCGAGUGUGGGGCCUGCAGGUGCAAUAAGGGUCGUAUUGGCCGAGAGUGUGAGUGCAGGAAGGACGAGGUGUCCAGUGAAGACCUGGACAAGAACUGCCGCAAGGACAAUGGCACAGAUCUCUGCAGCAACAACGGCGAGUGUGUGUGUGGAAAGUGUGAGUGUAAGAAGAGGGAGAAUCCUGAGGAGUACUACAGCGGAGAGUACUGCGAGUGUGACAACUUCAACUGUGACCGCUCAAACAACAAGCUCUGUGGAGGUCAUGGGCGCUGUGAGUGUAGGGUGUGCAUUUGUGAUGCUAACUACACCGGAAGUGCAUGUGACUGCUCUCUGGACACCUCCACCUGCUUGGCCUCCAACAAUCAGAUCUGUAAUGGCAGAGGCAAUUGUGAGUGUGGUGCCUGCAGGUGCACUGACCCCAAAUUCCAGGGACCCACCUGUGAGAUCUGCCCCACCUGCCCUGGAGUCUGCACUGAGCACAAGGCGUGUGUGCAGUGCAGGGCCUUCGGUACAGGAGAGAAGAAGGACACGUGUGAUCGAGAGUGUAACUACUUCACUCUGACCAAAGUGAAAGACCGGGACAAGCUGCCCCAGCCCGUUCAGGCCUUCCCACUCAUGCACUGCAAGGAGAGAGACGCCAACGACUGCUGGUUCUACUACACCUACGCCGUCAAUAACAACACUGAGGUCCACGUCGUUGAGACUUUAGAAUGCCCGGCGGGUCCUGAUAUCAUCCCCAUCGUGGCAGGAGUGGUGGCUGGAAUCGUGCUGAUUGGUCUGGCUCUUCUGUUAAUCUGGAAGCUGCUCAUGAUCAUUCAUGACCGCCGCGAGUUUGCCAAGUUCGAGAAAGAAAAAAUGAAUGCUAAAUGGGACACGGGAGAAAAUCCAAUCUAUAAGAGUGCUGUUACAACUGUGGUCAAUCCCAAAUAUGAAGGCAAAUAAUGGACACCUCUUCACUGUGCUCAGAACAGUAUUCUUAAAUUGACAUUUAAAAAAAUUAUUCUCUUCCAUUGAAAUCUUCAUUUUACUUUAUUUUGUAGAAAAGUGCAUUUUAUAUGGUAUCACAGCAUUAAGACUGUAAGACACUUACAGUCAUAUGCAAAAACUUGGACACCCCUGAUCAAAUGACGUUUUGUUGAAUGUAAUAGAAGUAAAGUCUACGUUACCUUCUAAAUAUGGCACAUUUUAAAACACAAGUUCAAUGUAUUUGCUGAAUUUAGCAUAUUAUACAUAGAAUGCAUAUUAAAUGUGCCAUACAUGUUGUCAUUUUAACUUUAUGUUUGUGCAGAAUAAUAGGAUGAGUACUUAAUUUCACUCUUUUGUACAGGGGUGCCCAAAUUUUGGCAUCCGACUGUCUGUGUCUUCUUUAAUUCAUUGCAAAAUGUGUACAGUUUGUAUAGUUCUUUUGCAUCUGUUUCUUUUAUCUUAAGCAGGACAUUUAUGCCUUCUCAUAGCGAUGCAAGACUUUUUCUUUUAUUAUUGCAAGGCAGAGAGGCCUAUAAAGCGUUCAUAAGCGGUACAUGAAGUAUCAGACAAGGUUUUAUGAAGAUAGUUAAUGAUUAUGUGAUUCUGUGUAGGCCCUGAUUUGUCAUUGUGCUGCAUUAGACUGGGUGUUUGAAUAUAAUUCUGGUACGCAACAUGCCAUUAACAGUCUGAACGCGAUGUAACGCAUCAGUGAUUGGACACUCGUGACAAUCGGAUUAUUGGUACUGUCUAUUGUUAUUCUGAUUUUUUUUUCUAUGUUAUUGACUGUGCAUAGGUACAUGCCUACCUGUCUCAGAAGUAUUUUACAAGCUAUUCCACUUAUGUUAUCAAACAGCAGUUCUAGUGGUUAUGCUGGUAUCUCUUUUAGAUCUUAAACCCCUAAAGCAUACAGCAUUUUAAUCUUAAAACUGUUUAGAAUCAUUUUUAUUUUUUUGUGUAGUCCCACUGGGCUCUAUUUUAGGGCCUGUAAAACUAUUCGGUUUGACAGCAGUAGUUAUUAGAGUUAAGAGAACUGAAAUGUGGGCUUACCGUACAUACUGAGUUUAAGGUGUUAAUUCAUUUUGCCACAAUUGUCUUGUGUAUUGUGUGUAUAUAUAUAUAUAUAUAUAUAUAUAUAUAUAUAUAUAUAUAUAUAUAUAUAUAUAUAUAUAUAUAUAUAUAUAUGAAGAAUUGUCAUUGAAGUCAUGUGGAAAUGUAUCCUGACACUGUAUAAACAAACAACUGCCAGAUACAAGUCAUGUUAAAAUAUAGGAUUACAACCUUUUUGCUUGACUAUA